AUGAAGUAUCUUCAGUAUGGGUAUAUAUUGACAUUCCUAACUGCGUGUGUUCUUGCCAACUCGCAUGUCUAUGACCUCACCCCGGCAAAUUUCGACCAGGUGGUGAACCAAAGUAAUUAUACCAGUAUAGUCGAGUUCUAUGCCCCAUGGUGUGGUUACUGUAAGCAAUUGGAGCCCAUCUACCACCGAAUGGCCAGCUUCCUCCACAGAGACGGCAAGUAUGCUGUCAACGUUGCUAGAGUGAACUGUGACAAGGAUAUUAAUAAGCCUCUAUGCCAAGCAAACAGAGUUCAAGGGUUUCCUACAUUGAUUGUGUUCCGUCCACCCAAAUUCCAGCCUGGAAAAUCCAAGAAGGCACGUCAUGUUCCGGAGGUGUACAACGGACAGCGCACUUUGAAACCAAUGGUUGACUAUGUGACUUCGAGAAUCAAGAAUUACGUCAAGAAAGUACACAAUUUGAAGAGCGCUGGCCUUCCAGAUUGGCUUUCCAAGGGAAAGAAUCGCGAUAAGGUGUUGUUGAUCACUUCGUCUGCGGAUGUAACCCCGCUUUACAAGACUAUGGCUAUUGACUUUUUGGGCUCGUUGUCGUUUGCGGCUGUCACGGCGCAAAAGAUCCACGAGGUUCCUUCGGUUACUAUUGGCGGCGAGACCAUCGAGUUUCCUGUUAAGGAGGGCGACAACUUACCUAUUUUGCUUGUCUACAAGCCAUUGUCGAAGACCUUCGAGCGUUACACUGGUGGAAAUUUGAAGCUGAAGGAGAAAUUGGAAAAGUGGCUCAUGGAGGUGACAGGAGCAGUUCCGGGCGAGGGCUCGUUGGCAAAGAAGAAUUCGAGAAAGAAAGGGGAAGGAAGACGGAAGCGUUCGAAGGAUGAGUUGUAA